UCUCUCUUAUAAGAUAUGGAAAGGAAGUACCUGUGUCUGUGUCUUGGACUAUCGGUGGCGGUGAAACUUGUUUAAAAUUUGAACACAUAUUAUCACUUGAAUUCAAAGAAGUUAUCUCUGCACUGGUUCCAUUGUGCCAAGCAUUGCAACAUAUUACCAUUGAAUGUGGUAUGUUAGAUCUGCAUAUUCCUGCACAUGACACCAGACCUUUCAUUCCAAUGAGAUCAGUCCUCACCGUUUGCAUAGGCGGCCGCAUGUAUGUAUACCCGAAUGAACCAAUCCUAUCGACUCUCAGUGAUUGUUUUCCAAAUGCAAAGAGUCUUGAGCUAUCUUGUUACAGUCAAUAUUUUACAAAAACUCGAAAAUACCAUUCCGAUCCCCCACUGUCUUCCUGGAGACAGGUAAAAUUAGACUUGUAUAACGGAAAAUCAAGAGACUUCGUCUCUCUGGAGACCAUCUUCCUCUCCCUUUCUUCUGCCUGUCAAAACAUAGAAUCACUCUUCAUCAAAAGCCGUGAAACUCUCCAAUGGGACAAGUCAAGCAAAGACGUUAAAGAAUGUACAUUACCUAAUCUGACUGAUAUCCAUCUUGAAUCUCGUUGGUCUGACUAUGCACUUCAAUUCACAACAGAAUUACUACACGUAAGUCGUAGGAUGAGUCGUAGUUUGAAGUUUGUCGAAGUAGAAAGUGUACAGCUAGGAGAUGUAGUAAUGAAGAGUGUUGAAUGGUCCAGAACAUCUUCAGAUUCUUCGUUGCAAAUUAAAGGUGCAUCAGCGGCUGUACCCAUAAUUGACUUAAUUGAUCUUACAACUAGUGACCUUAAAGAGGUUACCGUCCUUACCUUUUACAGUUGCAAGAUUGAUUUCGGUCAGUCUGAAAGUAAGUCCCCGCAAAGUCCGAAGGAACUUUGUUCACUGCGGGAAAUCAGGUUCGUUGGUUCAGAAAACCCACUUUCCGAAUCUGACAGGAACAAGCUGUCGGAGUUGUAUCCUAAUGUCAAAGUGACAGAAAAUCAGACGAGUCAGGAGUCAUCUGAAGAAUCCCAGGAGGGUGCAGGGAUACCUUUCAAGUUGGAUAAGGCCUCCUCUCAACCACUCAAAACCUCUCUAAUAGAUGAACUUGUUCAGGAAAAGGUUGAAUUUCAUGAAUAUACAGGCUCACAGAACCCUGAAGGCAGAGAAGAAGAAACAUCAUGGCAAGAAAAAGAAGAGGAAUUUGACGUCAACCAAGGAAGCCUGCCCCGUGAAUCAGUACCUGAUGAAGGAGAUGUCGAAACAACCAAGAAAGAGUGCUGCAAGAGAGUUGGAGCUGAUGGGGGCAAACUUCAGCUAGAAUCCUUUGGGAUUUCACUUGAGAUACCUCCUGGUGCAAUCGACAUCAAAGAGCCACAGGAAAUCUCUCUUCGUGUCCUGACCGAUACUCCUAAUCUUGGUGACACCAAAAAAGAGAUGUCAGUCUGCUUUGGUGUACAAUGCUUAGCUCCUGAUGACUUAAUUCUGAGGUCGCCGGUGACUUACACAAUACCUCAUUGCGCUGUUGCAGCACGGUACUCCAGUUUACAGGCAGUCCUAUACUCAGGAGAGGGGGAAUACUCGCCACAUGCAGUUAUUAAGGAACGGAAAGUACUGUCAAGGUCUGGAAUACCCAGCUGCAAGAUCUUUAAGGACGUACUCAAACUCAAGAUGGAUCAUUUUUCGUGGGCGAAGAUUAUGAUCAGGAUCAAGAACUUCUUCUUCCGCGGAAAGAGGAUGUGUUUCGUGCCGUUUAAAGAGAAGUACUUGUCUCUGGCAAAGACACCUCUCAUCUUACAUGCCAACUUUUAUGAUGAUGUGGAAGGGAACAAAGAGGUAAGUUUCACAAUUUCCCCAUUUUAACGAAAAUAAUGUUUUGAUGAUCUAUCUUGGAAUGAUGGGUCAGUGUCAGAGAGGCCACCUCAUAAACGAUCGGGAGUGGGAUCGAUCCCGGUCGAGUCACACCAAAGACUUGCAAAAUUGGGACCUUCUCCCUUCUUGUUAGGCGCUCAACGUUACGAUUAGUUUGGAUAUUUAGGACAAUUUAUUGCAUUUGAACCAUAAAGACAAUUUUGGUAACUCAUUAUUGAGUGCAAUUACCAAGGAAUUUAUGUUAUCAUGUGAGGAAUAGGCGUUAAUGUCGUCUGCAAAUUAGUCAGGUCCAGAUUUGAGAAGAGUAGACUGCCUUAGGCAAAUCGUGUUAAUGCUGAAUUGAGAAGUGUUUUAGCAUAAUUUGAGGGCGCUGAGUCCAAAUAUGAUGUUUGCCAACCUUGAUUUUGAUGUUAAAAUCCUCAAAUUGGCAAAAAAAAUAUGGCCGCCAUUCUACACUUUUUUUAAUAUUUUUUUAAACUAUAUUCUGACCCCCAAAACUUGGAACAAAAAUGUUUGUCAACGAUUUUUGGUACUAUUAGAUCUCAGGAAUAAUAUACUAAAAAUCCACCAAAAUCCGGAUCCGGGAAAGUGGUUAUUUUCAAACUGGCGUCUAAGAUGGCCGCCAUCAACUGAAAAUUAAAAUAACCGGCAUUUUAUCUACCCUGGACACCUUUUCUGUGCAUACAUGUAUUCAAUGGAGUAGGGGAUAAAAGGAAAGAGUGAACAUAAGCACUCCAAUGGCUGCCAUGGCCUAAAAUUUCAAAAUUCAUCUAUUACCUAUUUUAGUGUCUUUUAUUUGGGUUUUAUUCAUUUGUGAUUUUCAAGGGUCAGGAAGUAAACCGGGAUAAGUUACAAGGACAGUCAACGGUCCACUAUGUCCAAAAUUCCAAGAUAGCUUUCAAAAAUGAAGUCUAAAAUAGCUGUUGUUAUCUAAAAACCCUAAAACCCGACAUAGUUUGUUUAAUAUCUGCCUUGGGGAUAUGAUGUUGGUGUCUAACCCAUGGUUUAAUGAGUCAAGAAAUACGUUGGGACAAGUAACAAUGACAUUCUAUGGUCCUCAAUGUCCAAAAACCCCAGAUGGUUUGCAAAAAUGGAGUAUAAAAUGUCUGUCGUUAAUUACAAACCGACAUAGUUUAUAGUAACCGCCUGGAGAAUAUGAUUUGUUUAGUAUAACUCAUGGUUUAAAGGGUCAAGUAUUAGACAGUUAGUGGUUCCAGUAUGUCCAAAAAUCCAUAAUGGCUUCCAAAAAUUGAGUCUAUAUAGGCCGUUCUUACCGAAAAACUGGCAGAGUUUGUUUAAUAUCAGCCUGGGGUAUAUGAUUUUGGUGUUUAACCCAUGGUUUAAAGGGUCAAGUAAUAAAAUAGGACAAGUUACAAGGACAGUCAGAGGUCCAGCAUAUCC